GGUUUGAUGAAAAUUCUCAAUGAUGCGGAAUCAAUUAUCCAGUAUGAAUCUCAUACAACAUUUACUUUUAAAUUAGUUUUGGUUGGUUUUGUAAAUCUAAAAUUUACUGAACCAUAAGCUACUUCCUUAUAUAACGAAUUUUAUUUGAAAUCAUAGUGAAACGUUUAUCCUACUAAAUGUGAUGAUGAUAUUUACUUUUAUUGAUAAAUGAUAUGUGAGAAAUCUGCGUGUUGAUAGUAAUCAUACAAUUAUCAAAGACUAAUUGAUUGAUAACACGUGAUUAACUCCAGGUCUUUUUCAUUCUGAACACAUGAGCAAAUGAACGAUAUAAAAAUGAAGAAUACUUUGCUUGGACUAGUUUUACUUUUAUGUGACACAGUUCUAGCAUUCAAUGAAUGUGGCAGAUGUAACUGUUGCAUAAAUGGAACCUCAAGAUGUGAAUAAAGCAAUAAUGAAGACGGUGUUUGCUUGGAUGGUUGUAUUGACGGAUAUUAUACUUACAGUUGUAAUACAUGCUUGUAGUAACAAUUGUCUAACAUGUUCUGGUGUAAGCAGUUGUAACACGUGCAAAAAUGGCUACUAUAUUGGCUAUAAUGUGGAUAAUAAUCAAUAUACAGACGAUUGUAGUUUAUCGUGUCCGGACAACUGCAUUUCAUGCACUUCAUAUUAUAACUGUAGCAAAUGCAAUGAUGGAUAUUACAAUGGUAGACAUUACCCAUCAAGCAAUGCUGUAACCUACCAUUGUCAACAUAAAUGUAGAGAUAAUUGUAUAUCAUGUACAUCAUACGAUAAUUGUACACAAUGUAAAAAUGGGUUUACAGGUGAUCUAUGUGAUAGAUGUAUCGAUGGUAAGUUCGGGAAUCUCUGUGACCAAAACUGUCCCCUUACCUGUUUAGCAUGUUCUUCAUUGACAAACUGUUCUAAAUGUAUUGGAAAGCACUGGGGAAACAGUUGUCAACAAUGUCCCGCAAACUGCUUAAAUUGCUCUUCCAGUAGCACUUGCUCAUCAUGUGACAAAGGAUUUCAUGGACAAAUAUGUAAUAAACAAUGCAAUGUUAACUGUCUUGAUGGUCGCUGUGACCAACUGACUGGAAACUGCAAUGACGGAUGUGUAGCUGGCUUUUACGGAAACUUUUGUGAUAUGAAAUGCAGCAAUGACUGUGUGAAUUUAACAUGUGACAGAGUACAUGGGACCUGCAAGACAGGAUACAACGCUAUAAAUUCGGCGACUGGAAAUGAAGACGCUAACGGAAUAAUAAUAGGUGCUGCUGUAGGUGGUGUCAUUAUCCUGAUUAUAAUAGUGGUACUUGUUGCUGCUGUGGUCCUCCUGGCAAGAAGACUCAAAAGAUUAGAGAAUAGCAACACUGCUUUGACAUCCAAUACAGACUUGAGCUACUACAAUAUUAAUAAUGCCUUUGUUGGAGCCAAUACCGACACGAGACAAGCUGAUGUUAACCAAUCUACAACUGUUUAUGAUACCGACACAGACACAAGACUAGCUGACGUUAACCAACCUACAACUGUGUAUGAAAGUCUAACCACUACUGGUGUAAACCGGUUCGCUGAUUAUAGUUCUCUAGAGCUACAGGAUGUGCCGACAUCAGAAUUACCGAAUGAUCACACAGUCCAAUUAGAUCCUGGAGUCCAAUACUACAAUGUAUCGGCAAAAUAA